CCCGUAGGAACUUGAGCCGUUUGUCAGUCUGUACCAUGAACUUUGUUCGAUUCUUCCUGUCUCUCGUGUUUUUUUCAGCUACGAGUUUGGCAAAUCUGGCUGAACUUGUAGGGAAAAAACACGAGACUUUGGUGUUACUCCACGUGUUGUUUAGACACGGUGACCGAACACCUGACAAAGCAAGUCUUUUCCCCAAUGAUCUCUACACUGAAGCAACUUACGAACCGUUCGGUUACAGCCAACUGACCACUAAAGGGAAAAAGACUGAAUACAGUAUUGGAAAAUACUUGCGAAGGACUUAUGCAGAUUUCAUUCCGGAGCAGUACAGCCCUGAUGUUGUUUACGCCCUUUCCACAAACGUGAAAAGGACUAAAAUGUCCCUACAGUUGGUCCUAGCGUCCCUUUUUCCGCCUCUUUGGGGCGAAACCUUCGAGCUAGGUUUAGGGUGGCAACCAGUACCAUUUAAUAUCGAACAAGGAGGGAAUUUAAUCAGUGUAGCUAGUGGUUACUGCCCUAACUACAUUAGCAAAUAUUACAGUUACGUUUUGUCCGAUGAAGCCCAAAAAAUUCUAGCCGUUUACACGGACCUAUAUGCCAAACUUAGCCGAUAUUCCGGAAUGGACAUCAUAACACCAAAGGACGCAGCUAAUAUUUAUUUCACCCUCAAAUGUGAAGAGGAUUUCGGGUUGAAAUUGCCACAAUGGGCAUCAGAGGUUUACCCCCAAGUCUUGGAAGACGCUUCAGCUGUUGACUACGAAUUGUCCACAGCUACCCCUGACCUUAAAAAAUUAUCUGCCGGGUUUUUGCUGAGAAAAAUCAUACAGGAUAGUUUGGCGAAGCAAAAUGGGACUUUACCGGAAAAAAGAAAAAUCUUUCUGUAUUCUGCACAUGAGUGGAAUGUUGCAACCAUGUUGAGGACUUUGGGUGUGUUUUACAGACAUGUGCCUCCAUUCGGGGCCACUGUGUUUUUCGAGAUUCACAACAUCGAUGGAGAAUUUGGUUUAAAGUUGUACUACCAGGACUACAAGCAAACGAAUCCCAAACUGUUGGUAAUUCCUGGUUGUACCAGCUUUUGUCCUCUUGACGAACUGAUCAAGUUAAUGGGUGAUAACUUACCUGCUGAGGAUGAUGUGUGCAGCACUACGGAAGAACUUAUGUAAAUUUGAUAGCUGUUGUGCAUACAAUAAGGGAAUAAAGGAAUAAUACAAGAA